AGUGUCCACAUGUGAACUGUGAUCGUUCACAAGCAGAAGAAUAAAAUACAUGUUUACAAGAAGAACAGCAACGAAAUGAGAAGCAGAUUCGUGCUAUAGCUUCUGAAAGACUCGGUGAGAAGAUGUUGAGCGACUCUGAGGCCGCGGAGCUUCCCUCCUUCCUGAGCCCCGGCACACGUCCUGAUGUCAAAGGUCACACCACAGAAUACAUCCUGGGACUGUCAGGGAACAGGGAUGGCUGCCGCUUCCUCCGAACUAAACCUGAUAUACUUGUUGCGCUCUUUGCAUUGACCUCUGACCCCUCGAUGACCAUCGUGAAGAACUGCUACCACAUCUUCAUCAACCUGUCAGCAGAUGAGAUUCUACACAAGGUUUUGGUGGAAGAUGUUAAAGUUGUCCCGGUGUUAUUAAAGAACUUUGUGGAUCCCGAGUGCUCUUUCUCUGAUCAGAGCUGCAAGAUCCUGUCCAACCUGACCCGCCACGUGAAGACCUGCAAGACUGUGUUCCCGGUCCUGCAGGAGGAAGUAGGUCUGACUAAACUGGUGGAGAUCUUCUGCACGGAAGGUUUCAACAAGAAGGCAAAUCUCCAUUACCUGGGUCCUCUGCUGUCCAACCUGACACAGCUGCCCGAGGCCAGGAACUACAUCCUGGACAAGGACAGGUGUGUGUUCCAGCGGUUGUUGCCCUACACUCAGUACCAGACAUCAGCUCUUAGAAGAGGAGGAGUCGUAGGAACUCUGCGCAACUGCUGCUUUGACCACGGAUGUCAUGUGUGGCUGCUGAGUGAGGCUGUGGACAUCCUGCCCUUCCUCCUGCUGCCGCUGGCCGGCCCAGAGGAGCUGUCAGAAGAAGACAAUGAAGGUUUACCGGUGGACCUGCAGUAUCUGCCAGAGGACAAGAAAAGAGAGGAAAGCGCUGGCAUCAGAAAGAUGCUGCUGGAAACACUCUUGCUGCUGACAGCAACCAAAGAUGGUCGACUGACACUAAGAGAGAAGAACGUUUAUCCGAUCAUGAGAGAGUAUCACAAGUGGGAGAAGGACGUGCACAUUGCAGCAACUAUUGAAAAAGUGAUCCAGGUGCUAAUUGGUGACGAGCCGGAGACGGGGAUGGAGAAUCUGAUGGAGCUGGAGAUUCCUGAGGAUGUGGAGAAGAAACUGAAGGAGGCCGAGGUCAAAGAACAGCAGGAGCUGGAGGAGGAGCAGAAGAGACAAGAGGAGAGGGAGAAAGAGGAAGAGGAGAACAAGAGGAGCAGUGAUGCAGCGACAGACAGAGAACAGGAGAGCGGACUGAUACCAUAAAAACUAUUUUUACAUUUGUCCGAUGAAGCGACUUCUUGUCCUUCAGAAUAAGAGCUCAGAUCAUUACAGCUUUAUUCAGACAUGAAAAGACAUUCACAGAAAGAAACACGAUGUGGUUUCUAUCAUCAGCUCCACAGGAGGAACACAGAGUCACAAGGUGACUGUAAGUAAUGUGUAAUACCUUCAUAUUGUUUAUGAUGCAAAAGGAAGAAUCGUGUUUUUUGUUCUGUUAGAAGCUGCAUCAGUGAUGAAUUUUAAAACCUAAUUUGCUAAAAGCCUUUAUCAACGACCAGGGAGACAAUUUUAUAAUAUCUGACAGUGAACUUGGGUUAAAUUGGGAAUGUACGGUUGUUGUACACAAAGAAAACUAAUAAUUUUGUAGCCUGAUCUGAGAGGAACUGGCUCAUUCAGUGUUUAUUAAAGUUAUUCUAUUUUCUCUGCC